AUGGGUCGCCGCAGUGGCUUCGGUGGUGGAGGAAGAAAAUCAUAUUCCACUGGGCCAAAAUUUCGAUCUCCAUCAUUUUUUCAUAAGAAAGCUAAGCCUGCCAAAGAUGAAAAAGAUGAAAAAGCGCCUCCUCCUGCUGAACCUAAGCGUGAAAGUUAUUUUUCAUCCAUAUCUGAUGGGUUUCAUUGGGGAGCUGGAAAUGCUAUGGGACACAGAUUCGUUGAAGCCAUUUUUGGUCCUAGGACCAUUAAAACCGAAGUUGUUUUACCAGAGAAAAUUGAAGUAGCUGCUGUCUCUGCCAUUGAUGAUUACGAUAAAUACAAGGAUUGUAGCAUAAGCUAUAAAGCAUUUGAAGAAUGCUUGAAUGUGGAAGGGAAUAAACUAAGCAAAUGUCACAUCUUCAUGGAUUCGCUGUUCGAGUGCAGGAAGAAUUCUAGUUCCUUCAACUUCUAA